GAAAAGCAUUAUAGCAAGAUGGCGGACGAGGAAAUAGCAGACGGUAAUAGAUCGAGCACAGGAACACCUCCUGAGAGAAUGAUAAACGCUUUAGCAUCCGCUUUAGCGUCUGAUCCACGGGUAGAAGAUUUGAAAUCAUCUACAGAAAGUACUAAAACAGAAAGCGAAAAUGACAGCACGGAGAAAAGCGCAAAUGGGUCCCUUUAUGAGUAUCUCUACGGGGAACUUCGGCGAGGAUAUUACUUAGAAAAUGACGAGCAACGUUAUGAAGAUAGACGGGAAAAGUUCUACAUAUUUUUCCAAAUACCGAGAGAGCUUGAAAAGUUUUUAUGCUACGGAUUUUUCCAGUGUGCAGAUGCCUUCCUUUUCGUGUUUACGCUACUCCCAUUGAGGUUCACCCUCUCAAUCUGGUUUUUAGUGGUCUAUGCUCUUCGCACAGUGAUGAGCCCUUUUUUCAAGACACGCCACAGCUCUUCAAGUCGUGUCUUGCAGCCAGCCGAAAUUUGCGAUCUCUUGAAAGGCAUCAUUCUUUGCACUGUCUGCUCUGUGGUCAGCUACGUGGAUACAUCAAUGCUGUAUCACAUCGUCAAAAGUCAGUCUGUUAUCAAGCUCUACAUAUUUUUCAAUAUGCUGGAGGUUGCGGACAAACUGUUCUCUUCGUUUGGUCAAGAUAUCUUGGAUGCUCUCUUCUGGACGGCAACAGAGCCGCGUGGACGAAAGCGAGAACAUUUUGGCGUCAUUCCACACCUUGCCUUAGCCAUUGGUUAUGUUAUACUCCACUGCCUCUUGGUAAUGCUCCAAGCAACAACACUCAGUGUUGCUAUCAAUUCUCAGAACAAAGCACUUCUCACAAUUAUGAUGUCCAACAAUUUUGUUGAGCUUAAGGGAAUGGUCUUUAAGAAGUUUGAGAAGAGCAAUUUGUUCCAAAUGUCAUGCAGCGAUGUUAGAGAAAGAUUCCACUAUGUUGUCCUGUUGUUUGUCGUCAUCAUGCAAACAAUGAAGGAGUACAACUGGAAAGAAGAAGCAUUUUGGACUCUUCUGCCCGACUGCAUUAUGGUCAUAGUAGCAGAAGUGCUCGUUGAUUGGGUAAAACAUGCAUUUGUUACGAGGUUCAAUGAAAUCUCGUAUGAGGUAUACAAAGAGUACAUCACAAACCUUGCCUAUGAUUUGGCAAGUAGUAAACUAAAGAAUGCCUAUUCGGACCACUCGGAUCUCGUUUCUCGGCGAAUGGGCUUCAUUCCAUUGCCCCUCGGAGCCCUUCUUCUUCGAAUUAUCGGAGGUUCUGUUCACGUGAAUGGACUCCUCGGAGUGAUUAUUGCUAUUAUAGUGUACUUAUGCCUGUUAACAUUCAAGAUACUCAUAAACUUGCUGCUGAUGGGACGAGCAUGUACACUCAUCGAGCAGCAUCGACAGACAAUAAAAGAGAAGAUACCCGCACCUCGACAGUGUGCAAGUCUGCCGUCUAGUCGGAGAACGAGCAUGGAAGACCUUCCAGGACUUCUCGUUCCAUGUGCGCAGAGCACCCCGCAGUCCCCCAGCCCGAGUGUGUCUUCAAGCGUGGCUGACAUCUCGGCACACGCACAAAUCAUGCAAGAAUCUUUACAACCCGGUCCGAUUUUCUCAAACAGCACCGUCAAUCUUAACAACCUCGGUGUGAACGAAGAGGUAUUUGGUGAGAAUAUCGAACCGCCCGACGAGCCGCGCAUGCUGAAGAGGAGGGAUCGUUCCGUUAGCACCGGGAUCCUAAUCGGAGGUCCAUACCGAAGGCAUCCCUCCCUGUCUCCGCAUACGGUACGCAAAGAAGCUGGUGACGUACGUUUUGCUGAGGACAGCUGACAGAAUGGAUUUGCGUUGCAAAGCGAGCAUUCUAGUCAUUUUGGCACACGUCUUCCAUGCAAAGGCAAUGAACUGUUGAGAACUUUGACAGCCUUCGUAGAGGUGAGUGCCAAACUGGGAUGAAGUCCAGUUUUUCGUUAAUGGGUGAUGCAAACUGAGUGAUUCCAAUCACCGGCAUAAGUUCACUCAUGUGGAGAGAUGUCAUGACGUUUCUAGUGGUAAAACACUCGGUAUAUGUGAUGCAUAUCUAUAUUUGGUUGUGGCUGACGCGUGAUGCUCUUGUUUGAAUUUUGCGCACCAAAAUGUUUGUUUAGGAGCAGAAUAUGAGGCACUGAAAAUUGUGAUUUUGACUUGGUUUUGAAAGCGGGGGGGAAAAUCGUUUGAAUGCAUGCUGAACGAGAUGUGCAGAUGCGACUUACAUGUGACAGGCUGUCUUGUAUGGCCUAGGUUGUCUUUUUUGGUACGAGCUGUUUUAAGUAAAAAGUAUAAACAUCCGUGUAAGAGAUGAUUGCGUAGAGGUAGCUUCAUUGAAACAAGCUCAUUCCUUUGUUGUUGGUUUUAAGAAUAUCAUUAAUGGCACCAGGAAAUCCAGGUGACAUUUUUUUGCCCAUACCAUACUCUUCUUCUGGUGCUUUUCGAGUUUCUGCUGUACAUUGUAAAUAAUGAUAGAAUGAAAAGAUUUUUGAUACAGAGAGUACUUAGUUGCAGCUUUCAUCUGACGCACUUCUUAAUGGUUCUCACAAAUCCUUUCAGUGCUUCUUAAGAAAACAAGCAGUAAUGUUUUUUUUAGGUGUUUUUAUAGGAUAACAGCAUUUUUGUGUAAAAAAAUUACUCCUUCUGUGGAAAGGCACCUCAGAUGCAAUUGUAACGACAUGAUAUGAUAGCCACAAUAUGAUAACUGUUACCUAUUUUUUCUUCUGUCUAUUAAAUGCCUGUUUCACACAUAAUACAAUGUUUUUUGUGCCUAAAACUAUGCCCUCUAGUAGGUCAUACAGAGCAAGCUCUAGGCUUCUACGUAUUUUUGAAGUUGAGAAGAUUGUGCGCUUUACUUGGAGAGCUAUGUCACGUCAAGCAGUGCCCAGGAAGUGCUGUUUCUCUGUGACGUUGGAGAUGGAGCAUAGUAGUAUAGCAAUGACAUUUUCAGAUCUCCGUAUGGCACAUGCAUUGUGCCAUAUUGUGACAGAGACCUUUCAUUACAAGAAAAGCAAAGAUUGAUAAGAUUUAGAUACGACUGCAGGGGUUGUAUUAAACAAUGAUUUUAUACAAAUCUACACAGUUGUGUACAUAAAGUUUGUUAGCCCAUUCACUUUAUGGGGAGCCUUUGGUUAUGUUUUAUAGAAUAAGUAUUAUGCUUUUUUUAUGAUUGACCAUUCACUUUUGUGCCAGUUUUAGUAUUAUGAAAUUACACAUAUAUGCCUCACAAAUGCCUCACAAUUUGUGUUGUAGAUACAAUCAUAGAUACAUAUGCUGCAUAUGUUGUCCCAUUUAUGAGACAGGCAUUUUAGUGACACUUGUGAUAAUAUCAGUGUGUUAACUCUCUACAUAAAUUUUGGUGAGCAGUCUUUCAGUAACCAUGUAGUGCGGAGUUGAGGCAUGAUAGCAAGAUGUUUAAAGAUUCGUUAGGCCAUCCUGUUUUAUAAAGGCUUGUUUUACAAGUGGUGCUCAAUAAAUUGUUACAAUUAC